AUGGAGCAGAGGUUGGGCAAGAUGACCCAUGCUCAGAGGAACCUCUUUGGCCCCGUGGACCACGAGCAGCUGCAGCAGGACUUCCAGCACAUGAUGCGCAACAGCGUCGAGGGGGCCCAGCAGAAGUGGAACUUUGAUUUUCUCCGGGACACGCCGACAGAGGGGCUCCUGCAGUGGGAAGAGCUCGAGGGCCACAAGGUACCUGCCUUCUACCACAGCUGUGUGGUGGAAAAUGCUCGAAGACCACUACAGCGCUUGAACUGGCCCUUGGGCAGGGAGGACAAGGGUCAGCACUUUGCCCAGGUGGCACUGACUGAGAAACCCAAAACUUCCAAGAAAACAGGGGGCAAGAGGAUCUCAGAAGGGAAGAAGAGAAGACAGACAUCUUUGACAGAUUACUACUCCGCAAAGAAGCGAGUCAAAACAAAUAUGCAAACUGCUGCAAAGAAGUCAACUUCUUGA